AUUUUCGUAAACGUUUAAAGACAUUUGAAUUAGGCUUCUCACUUUAAUACAGGCUUGAUAAAAGUAGUAAUCAUCUUGAGCCUUAAGGCUUAAGAUGAUUACUACUAAUGUUGCGAACCGUAAUCUUAUCCGUCACUAGUGAAUGCUGUGAUAAUUAUUCUUAAAAAUCAUUAAUUAAUGUAUUUUGUAAGCUCGAUUUUGUUUUUUUUUUCUCCUAAAGAAACAUUGAAAAUUGAUAUUGGAUUGAACUGUGUUAUAAAAUGAAGCAUUCAAUACCUAUCACGUUAUUUUUAUUUUGCUGCUUCAAUUUGGACGCAUAUUAUUGUAUGAAAUCAGAAAAUAGACGCACUCAUCGAACUCGAAAGUAUGAAAAAUAUACUGCUCCUUUAAACCGAAAUCAAAUUAAAUUCAAGAAGAAAGAGCCGAAAGAGGUAGUGAAAUCAGGCAUCGAAGAAUCUUUUGAAACGGUAAAAGGCAAAGACACCGAACUUCCGUACAAAGUGUUAGACCCUUGUAGUUCUCGACUGACCUCAUUAAUGACCGCAGCAAAAAGCCGCAAGCAACGUUAUAAAAAGAAUACAAUCAUGUUGGAAGGAAGACGUUUAAUCAGCGAUGCUCUGCAAGCAGGUGUUAAACCACUGAUGAUUCUUUUCACUCGUAAACAGUUAAUUGAAGAUCUUCCAAUUUUGGAUGAGUAUGUUACUCCUGAAAAAACUGUGUUGCAUAAAAUACCUUACGAAUAUCUGCAAAAUUGGUCGAAUCUUACCACAUCUCCCGGUUUAACUGGUUUAUUUGAGAUGCCAAAAUUAGAAAACAGACCCUUGGAUUUUCCUACGUUACCGAUUACUUUUAUUUGCGAUAAUGUUCGAGAACCUGGAAAUCUAGGAUCUAUAUUAAGAAUAGCUGCUGCAAUACCAGUUCAAAAAGUUGUACUUCUUAAAGGAUGUGUCGAUCUUUGGGAUCCUAAAGUCACCAGAACUAGCUGCGGCUCGUUGUUCAAUUUACGUAUCGAAAAUAACGCAAUGUGGGAAGAUGUUAGAGAUAAUUGUCAAGGAAAAGUAAUAGUCGCUGAUCAUCUGGCAUCCGAUGAAUAUGAUCCGGUCACUAUGAGAGCUGAAGAUUACGUUGAUUCCGUUGACAUGGAAUCUGAAGUACCUGAAGAAAUACAGGAAGACGAAGAAGAAGAAGAAAUAUUAGAUAAAAACAAACUGCGAAAAGUUUUAAAUAUUCCAGUACAUCCGUAUUAUGGUAUAGAGUACAAAAAUCACGAGUCGUACGUUAUCGUCAUCGGAGGUGAAACCGAAGGGCUCAGUGAAGAAACUUUCUUAUUCGCUAAGGAAAACAACGGUGUACGAGUCAACAUACCAUUAUCUAAUUGCGUUAAUAGCUUAAACGCUGCGACCGCGUUAGGAAUAAUUACAUUUGAAAUUAAAAAACAGCUACAAAAUUAAUACUAUUUGUAUAUUUUUUAUCGAAUUUUCAAUUUAGCUCAAAAUCAGCUUUUUUUCUUUAUUCAUCUAAAAAAGAUCUAAAUGAAUAGGUAUUAUAAGUCUUUUAACGAAUACUGGAAAAAAAAGUGAAAAUGUUGCUGUAUUUUUGAGUAAUGUACCAACUGAAGUUUGUAAUCGAAGUUUAGUGGUGAUAACUUGAUGUUUUAUACGAUUGAAAUUUUUUCAUUGUGAAAAAUUUUGUUAAUGUAAUUCUUUUUUUAUUAAAAAAAAUGAAAUAUCAA